UAUAUACAUUGUAUAAAACUAUUUUUUAUUUUUUUUUACUUAUUUUGAACAUUCAUUCGUAACUAUACGGAUUGUUUGUUUUUAAACGCAAUACUGUAGAAAGUCAGAACACUGAAGGUUUAAAUCUUACUCUACCAACGAGGAAGUUACACCCGUUGUAGUAGGUCGUUAACACUAGGCUAAUGUAAUGAAAUCAGAGAGCACAUAUAUGGAGGUUUACUUGAAUGUGCAUGUUUUAAGCAAACAAUUAUGGAUUAAAUGAGGAUCAAAUCAAAUAAGACGAAAACGAGAAUAAGCAGAAAGAGCAAGAUGGCUGCCACAUUAGAUGACAGCAUUUCUUACGGACUAAAAGAGACACUUAAUCAUGUGUUAAAACGGGAGAAGUUUCCAGUGAUCGUCCGCGUUUGCGAAGACUUCAUCAACACAACCAUGGGGGGACGCGCAGUGAUGCAUGCCGGCGAAGAGCUGCUUAUCACAGGACGGCAGACCGUGGAGCUUGGUCGCGUUCGUGUGUUGGACGUUUUGGACGAAGAGGCGGCGCGGAAGGCUCACAAUGAUGACUUUGUUGCCGAGAGGGGAAUGUUCGUGGGGGAGGAGUAUCUUCUUCCAAUCAAGGUCCCAUGUAAACUUAAGUUUGUGCAAAGGCCUGGAAAAAGACGAAGAUAUGCAACAGUGUCACAGUUAAUAGAGGACAUGCCACGACGCCUACGAGUAAACGAGGAUGUGAUGUCAGUUCCGCCCGGAGGUGCUGGUCACAACACCCUUGUCCCUCGGGGCACUGUGCUUAACCUCAAACGAGUGUUCACAUGCGAAGGCGUGCAGAAUCUCCAAUGCACGUUCGGAACUCAAAAUGUUUCUUUCAAAGAGUCCAUGCGAGUAAACUUUACCGCAGUUGAUGACGACUCGGAAUACACUCUUGCGUACAUUCAGAAAUCCAACAUCCUUCCUUCAGUGUUUGAGUUUAUAUGUCCCAAGCAAAGCGAGGUUGUUCACUUUGAAAACGAUAUCGCUAGUUCCACAUUGACCACUGUAGAAGGACCACUGGAGCUUAUAGCCAUCAUCCAAGCCAAUGUUCUAGUCUGCUGGAAGCGAGAACAGAAGGUCAAAUCCUACAGCACGAUGAUUAUUCCCGUUUCACUUGGGAAUACCAUAGCAAUCCAACAAAGAAAGUUUGAUGAUGCCAAUUUCAAAGUAGGCUACAUUGACAAACGUUUCUGUGAUUGCUCGGGCUCGGACUUCAUCGAGACUGGAAUUUAUCUGAUUGAUCCAAAUCAGAUGGGUGUGGGAUACUUGAAAAGUCCGAAAUUCUAUGUCUAUGUUGGUGGAUGGCAACAGAUUCGUACUCCUAAAAAGGGGAUUAGAUACAACGUUUCUUCGGAUGAAGGCAGCGAGGAUGAUGGAGACGAUAAUUACAUGGACAUCUCACCGCCAAUACCAGAGAGAGUCCCAAUCCACGGUAUUCCCGAGAACCAGAUGCAGGACCAGAAGAAACGGAUUAAAAGAAAGAAAACGAUGUUUCAUAGUAUCCAUGAGGAUAUAAGAAAGUUCUUCUUGAAAAAACACGACAUUAAAGACAUAAUUCAUUUAAACAAUGGUGCAAAUGCUAAACACAAAGCAGAAAAACACACUACUGUGUUCAAACAUCACUUGCCACCAGCUCUGCCCUCAGAGCAGGACAGCGACUCAGGGGAUGAGUAUAAUUAUCCGGACAUGGAUGGCGUAAUGGCUGAGAUACCAAAGCCAACACCUCGGCCGAGACAACAGUUGCCUACUGAUAAAUCAAAUGGUAAUCGUUCAGACGACUCGGAUAGUCCAGGGGAUUAUGAGAUUCCGGAAUUGCCGACUGAAAACACGCCUAAAAUUUCAGCUUCUGCUAGGUCGCGUCAACCUCCUCCUAGAACAACGCGUAGCAUAUAUCAGAGGAAAGCACCACCACUUCCAAAACCAGAAACACCACUAUCACCAAGAACAAAAGCAUCUAGCUCAAGUGGUUCAGUAGAAUCGAGGUCGCCCGAUUCACCAGACUUAUAUUACUCUCCUGUAAAUCCAUUUGAAAAUAACGAAUUUGCAGAUAGUUCUCCCAAUGACCAACAAAAGUCAGAAUAUAUUAAAUUUUCAAAACGGGACAUGAUAAAUAUCUUACAAGCGGAUCAGACUGAGGAAGAUUUCUAUAAACUGACAGUUAUUCAGCUGUCGCAUUUGAUGUAUUACUGCAGUUUGAAACACAUCGCUACAGUUUGUUACGAUCAUAGUCUUGACGGCGAAUUUUUUCGUGGCAUGGACCUGGAAAUCAUCUUGACGGAUGAGCCGUUCAAUGCCGUGAGCAUGCAUGUCACUAAAUUCAGACGUAUCAUGAGUGGAUGGAGACCGACAUUGGAAUAGAACAAUACAAUCUUUAGGUCCGGAUUAUCGGUUUGUGUAACAUUUGGCAUUACACCUACGGAUUAAACUUCUAUGGGGCGGUAGUCAUAAGACUUCUUAAGUCAUUUCCCAACUUAAGUCACUUUCCUAAUGUUAGUAUCUCUUUAGUCAUAUGAAAUAAAAAAUAAAGAAUUUCUAAAAUAAAUUAUUUUCAUUGACCUCAUUGAAAAAAAACCUACUUAAAUGUUAAAACACUUUUGCAUUUAUUUCAAGUUGACUUUGGAAAUUUUAAGAAAUCGACUUAAGACAGGAAAUGACUUAAGAUGUUUUAUGAACACUGCCCCAGCUCGGGAUUUGGUUAGAAUAACAACACGCUAUCGAGAUCAGCAUGAUAUUUUUUGGCAUUUACCACGAAUUUAUAAACUUCUUUGUUCAAAAUUUGCUAGGAAUAACUUUUCUGAUAUGGAAAAUAUACAUGCUGUUUUAAACUUUACUUAACCUAAGUACAAUUUUUGUCGGGCAAAAGGAUUUGCCUGUCAAAAUGUGGUAUAACAUGUGGUAUUAAAUGAGGUAUUUAAAUGUGGUAUUAAAAGACGUUUACAAAAUGACGAUAGGACGGUUUAUCUACAAGACAAAAUUUGAGUUUUGAGAAUUAUCAUAAAGGAUACCGGAAAUCAAGGAAAAUUAUAAAGUUUCAAUACCAUUUAAUUUGGAUACUUGAGUUGUGGUCCUUUGAACUAUUUAAAGAUAAACCACUAUGGAAUAGUUUCAACUAAAAUUCCUGUAAGUCUGUAUCAAAUUUAUUUCAAAUAUAAAACUGGCAAUUUAGUCAUGUCCGAAUAUCAGUAAAUUAUGAAUUCUUGCAAUGGUCAGUCUUUCAAGGUCUACCAUAGAUGGAAUAAAGACAUUUGUUAGAAUCUGGGUCCGCUUGACAUAUCGAUAUCUAAUAACGUUUUAUGCAAAGUAUUGCAUGUCUUCUAAAGACCUUUUAUUACCGAUAUUCAUCAACUAUAUACAUGUAGUUAGUUGAAGUAAAUCAUUUAAAUUGUUUCCAUUACUCCUAGUUGAUAUUGUUUCGUUAAACCGCGGCAAGCGUUAUAGUAACUAUGACGUAAGCAGAAAACUACGUCAUAGUUUUCAAUGACUGAAAAUAGAACGGCGGCACCAAUCGUAAAUGUUUUGAAGGCCAUAGGAUCUUAUCAAAUAAAUAAAGUUCGUAAUUUAGUGUAUUUCACAUGAUACAAUUUAGAAAUUUGACUAAAAUAUAUGUUUCUGCUUGCUUUGUUUCAAGUGUAAUAAAUUGUUCAUGAUUUAAAGCUUGAGGACUACUUUUUAUAGAUUGUUACAUAUUCAAUAAUUCCAUUGCAAAUAAUGUACCACUGAAUUGUAACCACGCCCCCCCCCCCCGUCCGGGGGUAUACCGGGGAUAGCCGGGGAAAUUGGCCGUGUUUGUACUUUCCAGGUGGACCCGCAGUGCCGGGUGAAUGCGGUGGUUUUGUCUUUGAGCCUAAAAUAGUGGGAAAUUGGCCUUACCUAGGG